GUAGAGUACAAAAGUUACAGUAACAAUACAUGAAAGCAAAGGAAAGAAUUUUCAAUUGCGAAACGUUGACAUAGUGGCGAUGAAUGUAACUUUGACGGCCCACCAAUUAUGUGAUUUAAGCGUUAAAAGCUGUAAUAAAACCUCAGCACCGAAAGAUGACUUUUCAGAAACACUCAGGCUUCCCUUAAGAAAAAUUCUAUAACUUCGGAAAUAAAGGCUGAAACUUUCCAUGAUUGCAAUAGAUAUGUGAGACUAUUAAACAAAAUACUUUCAGCCGUACAUAUCGUGUUUUGACUGAACAAUGAUUUUUUUAAUAUUUCACCUAAUACCAUGCAGACGAAAAAUAGAAAAAUUCAUAACUUUUGAAAAAAGUGGGGGGCCGUCUCAAGAGGUUCCUGCGUAAGAUGAGUUGAUAAGUAAUUCCUUUAUUUUCCAUAAAUUAAUCACCAAGAAAAGUCAAGACAUAGAAUUAAAUCAUUGAAUAAUGCAUAUCACAGUUAAAAAUGACAUGAUGUAUAUACGAACGAUUACACCAUAUGCUUUUAUAAUUGGUACUUGACGACAUUUAAUAUUUGGAUAGGAAUGAUGUUAGGACGACGACGACUGAAACACGAUGAAGUCAACGGAACAUCGAGUGACAUACAACUAACAGUAUAAUUCAUACGAACAAUCAAGAAUUUUAUUGAACACAAUCAUUUUUGUUGAAUAUCAUUAAAAAUAAUCGUCUGAUAUUUGAUCUAAAUUUUGAAAUGGAAUUUUUAGACUAGUCAAGAGGACAUACUAGCGUUGUUAACAAUGUUUAAACAAAAUAUCAUUACUAGAAUCAUUUUCAUAUAAUUUUGAAUACUUGAGUAAUGGUGUAUUAGGAUGUUCUCGGGAGAAAAUGUUUGUUGAAUCAGUAAUAAAUAAAUAAGCAGUGAUGAUAAUAGAGCAGGAUAAAGACGAUACUAAACAAUCCACUGCUGAAUAAAGGAAGAGAAUAAUGCUAAUCCAAGAAAUUCUAAUAAUCUAUCCGUAACUUAAAAGAGCACACUUUAAAGUAAGAAAUACAAAAUUUUAGUAAAAAGUAGAUAUUAAGCUAAGCACAUCAUCGGGUAACAGAAUGCAUCCACUAUUAAAAUUUACAAUGAUCUGGACUUUGUCAAAAGUUUUUAAAAAAGGCUUCCGGAAGCCGUAGGAGUGUUAAUUUAGUGUAAAUUUAGAAAAUAAAUAUAAAUGAAUCAUUUAUAUUUAUCCAUUAUUAUAAAUGAAUAAUAAACGUAAACUAACACCCCUAGGAAGCCGUAAAAACUGACUUUUCUGAAACCAGAAUCGAAAUCAAAAAUAUUCUCAAGUAUGCUGGUUUAUUGAGCAAAAUCCUAAUCUCCUAAUUCUUAAUGAUAGUUUAAUCAAAAGUUAUAAGUGUUUUGUUAAAUUCUCAAAAUACACACCAUGUACUACGGACACUUUACUUGUCAUUUUUAUAGCAGUUCGUUUUUGCAGUAAUAAAUGCUCUGACGGUUUGAGCAAAGAUUUCGAUUUGAUCCCAAAUUGAAUUCAGGACAUUCCUCUCCAGAAUGAGAGAAUCGAUGUUCGUAUGACAUCUGUUAAACGCUGAAUAUAGAGACCCGAAAAUUCUAUCAUUAUUACUCUUCAACACGUCCAACGUUCUCUGAAAGUUUCGCUCAGCCCAGAUUUGUGGUUAUUAAGACAAAGUUCAGACAGGAAGAGUUUAAUCAAAGAUUUUGAAGAAUUUAAAACGAAUUUUUUUAAAAGAUUUUUAUUCGACUUUUAUAAAAGUUUUGUACGUUCUAUACUCGUCGAAGAUGCUAACUGAUUAAGUCAAUAUACAUGAUAAUGUAUUUUCCAAAUCAGAAAUUUGACAUAAACUGUGAUCAACAAUAUUUCAGAUUAAUUUUUUAUACUGAGUAAAAACUUUAAGAAAUCAUGUUUCAAUAGCCUAAACGAUUAUUAAACUAGUUGAGGUUUCUUUAAUAAAGGUAAUAUCACUCAAAAGAGGAUAGAUACAAUAAGUGUACAAAAAUCAGUCGUCAUAAUCCAGACCAAUCUCUUGUAUAUUAUUCAAACUAGCGUUACUUUCUAUUUUUAGUCUCAGCUGUUAUUAUUGACUGGAGCAUUACAAAAUGAUCGUGUUAGCCUUUUGUCACUUGGACAUAAACAUUUCUAUGGUUUAGAUAAUGUCCCAUUUGACUAUGAUCAAGCCUAUGUUUACUACCGACAAAUGGCUGAAAUAUCAAAAGAUGAACAUUACCAACCAAGAGAAAAAGAGGUUUCAAUGGAAUAUAUUCGUUUAACAAAUGAGAAAAUAAUUGAUGAAUUAACAUUUGAUCAAAGUGAUACAUUUUUUUGGCUUAAAGAUCAAGCUCGAAGAGGAGUUACAUCCGCUCAGCGACAACUCGGCGCAUUGAUGUAUUGGGGUCGAAACGGGUUAUCUCGAAAUGUCCAAGCAGCUGUUGAAUAUUUUCGCCAAGGUGCUAAUGAUAAUCAAGAUCCAACAGCACACUUUGGUUACGGUUUAGCAUUACUAAAAGGACACGGUGCUGAAAAAAAUAUGACAAAAGGCGUUGAACAUUUUAAUAAAGCUGUUGAAAAAGGCUUUUAUGGCGCAUAUGUAGCUCUAGGAUGGCACGCAUACGAAAUUGAGAAAAAUUAUACAAAAGCAGCUUAUUAUUGGAUGGAAUGUUAUAAUAGAUUAAAAGAUGCCCAUUGCGCACACAAUUUGGGUGUUAUGUGGUCAGCAGGUCAUUAUCCCGGUUUUAAGAAAGAUAUCGUUCUUGGUUGGUCUUAUUACUCUUAUGCCGCUUUAAGUGGACAAAUAGAUUCCAAAAUUGUUGUGGCGCAAUAUAAUGCCAGAGGGUAUCCAAUGGUAUCGCGAAAUUCAUUACUGUCAGCAACUUGGUCGCGUAACGUUGCUGAAGAUAGCACGGUAGUUGGUACUCUUGUCAGAAACGGAUUAAAAGCGUAUCAUCAGCAACAAUGGUGCGUAACAUGGUCAUAA